AUGAGUGUAAGAGAGAAGAAGGGGGGCCCCCAGGCAGGCAGCAGCAGGGGCCCCCCACUGCCCUUCUCUGCGUUUGUUUACCUUGAAGCUUCUGCUGCUGAAGAUGCAGCAGCAGCUGCAGCAGCAGCACAAACAGCAGCAGCAGCAGUAGCAGCACAAACAGCAGCAGCAGCAGCAACAGCUGUGACUGCCUGCGCCGCACGCAGCCCAUGGGGUGCCCCGCCAGUGGAGUGGUUUAACCCUGCAGGCGCAACUCAGCAGCAACAGCAACAGCAGCAGCAGCAGCAGCAGCAUGAAGAGUUCCAGGGUGCGUUUCACCGUCCUCGCCGCGAGACUAAGCAUGCAAGGAAUCCCGCCCAGCAGCAGCAGCAGCAGCAGCAGCAGCAACAGCAGCAGCAGCAGCAGCAGCAGCAGCAGCAGUUGCAUGCGCUGAGCAGCAGAGAAGUUCGUGGUUUGCUGCUGCAGUGCAGCUCGAUUGUGUCUGUUGAUGUGGGCAGCAGGAAGACAGGCGUUGCUGCUGCUGUGCGGCGGCAUGCAUGCAGACACAGGGGAGCAGCAGCAGCAGCAGCAGCAGCAGCAGCAGCAGGCAGCUGCAGCAGCACAAGAAUCUCUCCUCUUAGACUCAGACUUCUCGGGCUUGUUUUCUGUCUCCCCGCUGAGGCUUCAAGACCCCCCGAGUGCAGCGCCACCUCUCUUUGGCGUGUAAGCUGCAACGCGCAGCAGCAGCAGCAGCAGCAGCAGCAGCAGCAUCACCAGCAGCAGCAGGACCAUCACCAGCAUCACCAGCAGCAGCAACAGGAGCAUCACCAGCAUCACCAGCAGCAUCACCAGCAUCACCAGCAUCACCAGCAGCAUCACCAGCAGCAGCAGGAGCAGCAGCAGCAGCAGCAGCAGGAGUUCGUGUGUUAUUUGUAG